GCUCUUCGUUGGACUUUUCAAGCACAACUCGCCCUGCAGUCACCUUGUUGUUCCGCGUUACACGAAACGUUGCCACCACAGCAGUGGUUGGCGGCAGCAAGAGCUGGACUGAAGGGUUCCGACUUCCUCAAAGUCACCCUUUCUCCUUCCCCACGUGUCAUGCAACAUGCUGCAACCGUUGUGAUUGGCGGCAAGAAGGGCUGGCCUUGCGUCAAGUCUUGGACGAAACCAAGUUUUCAUUAUAAUGACGUCGUAG